CUUUCUCAAUUGAUACCUCGGAAACAGAUUCUCCAUCACCCUGUUUGCAAAAACAGUACAUGUACUCCAGAAUCCUUUAGUGCAUCCUUUAAAGUAACCAAUAUAUGUAUAUGGAUAUAUGAAAUUCAAUAAAAAAUGAUCCAGUUUACCUCAUCUCGUAGCAAUUCUUCCAGACAUUCUGUGGUAAUCUUAUCGUAAUCAAACUUGGCGCUUUGUUUAAGUCGCACCGUUUGCUUAUUAUCAGCCGUCUUUGUCUUCCUUCGACGUACUUCCAUUGUGCUGGUCUCGAGGCUUUAUAAGAAAGCUGGAGAUCACUGGAGAUCACUGGAGAAUAUAGCAAUCAAGCUUGAUCAAAAUUCUAUAAAAUGGAUGAGAGAAAGACCGAAUGUCCUGUAUGCUCCAAAGAAUUUACUACCUCAAUAAUUGAAGCACAUGUUGAAAAAUGUUUGUUCCUGAAUGAAUCGUCACAAAGUGAAUCUACAGGAGGAUUGAAACGAUCAAGUCCAUCAGUUAAAUCACAGCAAAUAAGAUCAGGAAACUCUAGGUCUGCAAGCAAGAGAGCUAAGCAUCGAAUUGUUAAGACAUUAAAUGCAGAUAAGCCAAAUGUAUCAUCUGCUACUUCUGUCUCUAUCACAGAAAACAGUGGACAAGCAUCAAAUAACAUAUCUAAAGAGAACAAUGUGAAUCCUGAGAAGAAGAUACCAGUCAAGCACAAUCAUGUUCCUCUUGCAGAACGGAUGAGACCUACGUCUUUGCUAGGGUAUAUUGGACAGGAACAUGUACUUGGACCAAAUGCAGUUUUAUCUCAAUUAUUAGAAAAGACAGAAAUCCCAAACAUUAUACUUUGGGGUCCACCUGGUUGUGGAAAGACAUCCCUGGCUAGUGUCAUAGCGCAUAUUUGCAAGCAGGCACCUGCAAGUAACUUGAGGUAUGUCAAACUCUCAGCUGCUAUGUCAGGUGUUAAUGACGUUAAAGAAGCUGUAAAUGUUGCUUCGAAUGAAUUAAAAUUUGGGCGACGAACUAUUAUGUUCAUGGACGAGAUACACCGUUUCAAUAAGCUUCAGCAAGAUAUUUUUCUGCCACAUGUUGAGUCCGGUACUCUCACACUUAUUGGAGCGACUACGGAAAAUCCUUCCUUCUCUUUAAAUUCUGCUCUACUCAGUCGGUGUCGUGUCAUUGUUCUGGAAAAGCUUACAGCUAUGAACUUAAUUAUAAUUCUACGACGUGCUGUCCAAUCACUAGGAGGCAACAUUUAUAAGUAUGUUCCGUCUGACUCAUCUGGUGAGACCAGGAUGCCUAAGCCGAAAGUCGUGGAUGGAGAAUCCGAAGUCCCGGAAAUUCCUAAAUUUCACAUAGACGAGGAAACGAUUCAAUGGCUAGCGGAGACGUGCGAUGGAGAUGCUCGAAUAGCUCUAGGAGGAUUAGAAUUAGCUGUACAAUCGAAAGCACCGAGUGAGGAUAAAUUCCUGGAGGAAGGACCUGGAUUAAUUACAUUGGAUGACAUUAGAGAUAGCCUUAAAAAGACACACAUGCUCUACGACAAAAAGGGUGAACAGCAUUACGACAUGAUUUCCGCUCUUCACAAAUCUGUAAGGGCCAGUGACGAGAAUGCUUCACUUUAUUGGCUUACAAGAAUGAUGUCUGGUGGUGAGGAUCCUGUUUACAUCGCAAGAAGAUUAAUCAGAAUGGCAUGUGAAGAUAUUGGACUGGAAGAUACAAAAGCAUUAGGUGUGGCGAUAGACACCAUGCAUGGUUGCAAAAUGCUUGGGAUGCCAGAAUGUGACGUACUCUUGGCACAGUGUGUUACUUAUAUGGCGAGAGCACCAAAAUCUCGUCUAAUGGAAGAUGCUCUUAGAACAGCACAAAAAGUAGUCGCCAAUCAUAAAGGUCCACAGCCAGCAGUACCAUUACAUUUAAGAAACGCACCGACGAAACUCAUGAGCCAACUUGGAUAUAGUAAAGGGUACAACAUGCUACAUAAAGAUGAGUCUGGCUUGAAUUAUUUGCCAGAAGGAUUAGAGGAUUUGGAUUUUUUUCAAGAAGAAACUUCCUUCUGAUCAGUGAUAUAUUGAAAGAAUAUGUGACAGCUAAAUAUUUAUCGUAUAUGUAUAUUUAAGAGAGUAUGAAAAAGUAAAUAUAUUCAUAUUUUUAUAAAAU